UUAACAAGCUUGAAUUCGAGCUUGUACAUAGCCGAGCAUGAGCUUAGCUCGCUUAUAUAAAAUACCGAACUAAUAACGAACUCGAGUUCAACUCAUUUAUAUAUAGUAUUGAGCUAAUUACAAGCGGAGCUCGAUCAUAUCUAAAUUGCAAUGAGCUGAGUUUGAGCUUUAAAGCAUAAAAAAUUUUCAAGCUUGAGCUUAGUUAAUUUUUCACAAGCCGAGCUUGAAUAUUGAAAAGCUUGGCUCGGCUCAUUUGCACCCCUACCUGCCACCGUUCAUAACCUCACACAGCUCAUAUUCAUUUCCAUCUCAAGCCUUCACUCAUGGUCAUCAUCUUCUACAAAGAAUGAGUUUGCUAGGCAUUUAUCAUCUUCCUCGUCGGAUUCGAACGGGUUUGAAGAAUUGGUCAUCUUACUCACGCUCAUCUCAAGUUGUUCUCUGUAGACUAAGAAGUAUUUGAGUCUGAAGAAUUGGUCUUCAAGUGAUGGACACACAGGUAAUAGAGGAGACGCCAUUUGAAGCAAUUCAAACUAAUGCAUCUCAGAAGCAGCAAGAAGCUCGUGAUGAAAUGCUAUCUAGGCACAGAAAGGAGAUAGCACAGCUGCAGAACAAAGAAAUUGAGCUGAAAAAAGCUGCAGCAAAAGGUAGCAAGGCUGAACAGAAAUCUAAAAAGAAGCAGGUUGAAGAGCAAAUUUCUCAACUUUCUGCUAAGCUAAAAGAAAAGCAUGCUGAGGAACUUGCUUCUUUAGGCUAUAACAGCAUUACUGGAAAUGAGAAAAGCAAUCUUGACAAUUUGGUGAAGGCCAUAGCUGGUGUUUCAGUUACCAACCAACCAGAACUUGCAAAAGUCAGCAAGGGUGCAAAGAGAAGGGGAAAAAGAGCUCAGCAAGAAGCAGAAAGAGAGCAAAGAAUUCAAGAAGAGCAGAGCAACCUUGUAAGUGAUCGAUUGAUUGAAAAUGAGAAAUUGAAAGGAAAGCUUGAACCCCUUGGAUUGACUGUUAAUGAUAUAAAGCCAGAUGGGCACUGCCUUUAUCGAGCCAUUGAAGAUCAGCUAGCUGUCCUUUCUGGAGGUUCUUCUCCUUAUACUUACCAAGACCUUCGUAAAAUGGUGGCUGCUUAUAUGAGAGAACACGCUUCAGAUUUCCUUCCCUUUUUCCUAUCGGAUAACACAAUAGAAGGAGAUUCUGAUGAUUCACUAGCAGACAGAUUUGAGAAUUACUGUAAAGAAGUUGAGUCGACCUCAGCAUGGGGUGGACAACUAGAGCUUGGAGCUUUAACUCACUGCCUCACGAAACAUAUCAAGAUAUUUUCAGGAUCCUUUCCUGAUGUUGAAAUGGGGAAGGAAUACAAAAAUGAUGAUGGAGCUGGCUCGUCCAACACAAGCAUUUUAUUGUCAUAUCAUAAACAUGCAUUUGGGCUGGGAGAGCACUACAACUCUGUGGUGCCAAAUUUGAUCAGGUAGACACAAAUUACCACCUGCAAACAGUUACUUUUUGCAGUGCAGGUUUACUUUUCUGUAUUAUCAUUGGAGAUAAAAGAUGCUUCUGGAAUGCUAAGUAAACAUUAAAGCUGCAGUAGCUGAUAUGGCAUUUCAUGGUAGUUGCAAAAUAGUGGAUUAUCCUCUAAAACUCUUGGAAGGAUCAAAAUCUAAUUGUCUAAUAUAAAACCUAAGAUUCUUCUGAAAUAUUUAAAGAUUGUCUUCCUAGUUUUUGUAA